ACAAACCGCGGGCGGCCCCGCGCAGGCGCAGCGCCGCCGCCGCAGCUGCGCACGGAGCGUCGGGCGGUCGGGGCCGGUCCUGGGGCGCUGACGGGAUGGACGAGGACGUGCUGACCACCCUGAAGAUCCUCAUCAUCGGUGAGAGCGGCGUCGGCAAGUCCAGCCUUCUGCUGCGGUUCACAGAUGAUACAUUUGACCCAGAACUUGCAGCAACAAUUGGUGUAGAUUUCAAGGUGAAAACUAUUUCAGUUGAUGGAAACAAAGCUAAACUGGCAAUAUGGGAUACUGCAGGUCAGGAGCGGUUCAGAACAUUAACCCCCAGUUACUACAGAGGUGCACAAGGUGUUAUCCUAGUUUAUGAUGUCACGAGAAGAGAUACUUUUGUCAAGCUGGAUAACUGGUUAAAUGAAUUGGAAACAUACUGCACAAGGAAUGACAUAGUGCAAAUGUUAGUUGGAAACAAGAUUGAUAAGGAAAACCGUGAAGUUGACAGAAAUGAAGGCCUCAAAUUUGCAAGGAAACAUUCCAUGUUGUUCAUAGAGGCAAGUGCAAAAACAUGUGAUGGUGUGCAGUGUGCCUUUGAAGAACUUGUUGAAAAAAUCAUUCAGACUCCUGGACUGUGGGAGAGUGAAAGCCAAAACAGAGGUGUAAAGUUAUCAAACAAGGAAGAAGGAUAUGGAGGAGGAGGAGCAUGUGGUGGAUAUUGUUCUAUGUUAUAAACUUUGGGAAGCUUAUUCUUUGCAUAUUUAAACAGAUAGUUACAUCUUUCUGUACAUAAAGUCAUUAAAUGCUAUUUUUAGGGACCUUGCAGUUUGCACAUAUUUGUUUUGUAUCAUGGCAGUGAACACUUGUAGAAAAAAUGUUCUGCAGCUUUCCCAGUCUGAAAAUGUUAUGGUAAGCAUGCCCAAUUUGCAAUCUUCAGGUUUUUAUAAGUAGCAUUAAUAAUGUGCAAGAACAAAUGCACUAAAAAUUUUACAACUGUGUACAUUAAUUGUGUAACUAUUCUAAACAAACCCGUCUAACAAAUACUGCAUUGUCUGCUCUUUAUCUUAUUUUUAAAUUCUGUUGAAAUUAUAGAAAUUAUAUAGUGUGCACAGAUCUUGAAACAGUAUGAGCUAUAAAUGUAACAUUUCAUCUCUUCUAGUAAAUGCUUUUUUUUAAGGUAUUAAGCAGCAGGAUUAUACAAUUCUUAGACAAAUCUGCUAAAAUUUUGUCUUUCAGCAGUGCAGUGUAAAACACAAAUUGGCACAGGCCCUAGUUGGCAUCAGCACUUUCUUGAAGAGAUGCUUUGAAAGCUUCCUUUGCAAAGCUGGGAGACGCCAUGUUUUCUUUUUAAUCAUCACUUCAGUUGAUGGUUUAACUGGAGUUUUAAUCCUGUGAUAUUUAUAUACUAAAUUUGUGGUACUCUUGCACUCUUAAGUUUUUAUGAUGGUCUGCUCUAGACUUGCUGCAGGAAGUCUUCAUUAUUGGCAAGGGAUCUGAGUGAUGUCAUUGUUCUUUCAUUGUGAAUCAUUUUGCCACACUUCAGUAUGGAUUCCUAAUUUUCUGAAAUGUUUGUAAUAUAAGUUUAUCUCAACUGUAGCUCACUGUGACUGUGAGAUCUCUUAUCACGUCUGCUUUGUGCAGCUACUUACUCAGAAAUAAAACUUCUGUCACAGACACUAAAUGGGAAGCUAUAGGGCUUCUUGAUCUCUGUAUGAAAAAAUACUAUUGCAAUGAGUAUUCACUUGAAUUUACUGUAUCAAAGCCAAUGGUUUGUUUCAGAAACUUGUAUAGACUUAAAUAAAUUUUUUUCCACAGUA